AUGUCGGACCCAAGUAAGGCCAUCUCGGAGGAGUCCUUUGAGUGGAUUGAAACCCCUGUUACCGAACCCCCAGCUCCUGAGUCGAAGGAAUUUGGUGUUCGCACUACAGCCUAUCCUGCGAUCAAAAAUGCACCUCUUCCAGCCGACGGGCCGGGUGCCGAAAGUUUCAACAAUUACGUCCUCUUCUCUUUGCUUGGAGGCAUUCCUCUUUACUGUUCGUGGAAGCUCGGUGGUGGACUAAAGACAUGGAUUUUCCUCGCAGUCCUCUUCGCGAUCCCAAUCCUCAUGGCCUUCUGGACAUUAUUGUCAUCGUUCUCUCCCAGAGUCAACGAGAAGGCUCGCUAUCCAGGCAAGCCUGUGGAACACUACCUACAGUUUCAUGAGCAAGAGGACAGGGAAAAGUACUUUGGCCGCAAGACCAUUCCCAUGGAAACGUUUCAUGAAAUGUACUUUGACGGCAAGGUCGAUUUCAAGGGUGACUGCUUGGAGGCUAUGGAGUACCGACACGACUGGGCCAACUUUAGGUUCACUCUGAGCCUGUUUUGGUUCUUCCUUACUGGAAUGAUGCCAGAAGUCAUUAUGCACACUCGUUCUCAAGACGAGGAGCAGGUCCGUGACCAUUACGAUCGAGGUGAUGACUUUUACGGCUGGUUCCUUGGCCCUCGUAUGAUUUAUACCUCUGGCAUAAUCUCUGACAUCAACAAAGAAGAGUCUCUCGAGGAGCUCCAGGACAACAAGCUUGGGAUCGUCUGCGAGAAGAUUGGAUUGAAACCUGGUGAGAAGCUGCUCGAUAUUGGCUGCGGCUGGGGCACUCUUGCAAAGUUCGCCAGCGUAAACUAUGGUGCUCAUGCUACUGGUGUCACGCUUGGGCGCAACCAGACCGCCUGGGGAAACAAUGGUCUGCGCAGAGCUGGUAUCCCUGAGGACCAGAGCCGCAUCCUGUGCAUGGACUACCGUGACAUUCCUCUGCCUGAGGGCGGAUACAAGAAGAUUACCUGCUUGGAGAUGGCCGAGCACGUUGGUGUCCGCCACUUUGGUACUUUCCUCCGUCAAGUCUACGACAUGCUCGACGAUGACGGUGUCUUCUUCCUUCAGAUUGCUGGUCUUCGCAAGCCAUGGCAAUACGAGGAUCUCAUCUGGGGUCUUUUCAUGAACAAGUACAUCUUUCCUGGUGCUGACGCUUCUACUCCUCUUGGUUUCUUCGUCGACAAGCUCGAAGGUGCUGGUUUCGAGAUCAAACACAUUGACACUGUUGGUGUGCACUACUCCGCCACCCUAUGGAGAUGGUACAGGAACUGGAUGGGCAACAAGGACAAGGUCAUUGGCAAAUAUGGAAAGCGCUGGUUCAGAAUCUGGGAGUACUUCCUUGCCUACUCCACCAUCAUCUCCCGCCAGGGAUCUGCGACUUGCUACCAGAUCACACUAGUCAAGAACAUCAACUCCACCCACCGUGUCGAGGGUAUCGAGAGCCAGUACAACCUGUCUGGAGCUCUCGCCGCUCAUCAAGCCAAGUCAAAGAAGGCUUGA